CUUUUAUUGACGUCACUCAUUGAAGUAGCCUGAACGUUACGUCACAUAAAUGGUCAAGUUUUUACAAAGAUGAGGAUGAAAUGUUUAUAUUUUCUACUGCUCUUGUUUUUAAAGUGGAAUGAAAUACAGUCUGGAACGCCUUUACAAAUCAACAAAGCAAAAGUAAAGUCAAUAACCAGAACUGGAGUCCCAAGUUUGAAACUGUGCAUCCACAUCUGUAUCAAGGAGAUGAAGAUUAAAUGCCAGUACCUGAAAUACCAGAAGGAGACGCAGCGAUGUUUGAUUUCUGAGAGCAAAUAUUCCAAUUUGGCGGGAUGGCUAACGGUGCGACCAGAACAUAGGAAAAGCCUGAUCAAAUUCACUCGACUCUUUGGGGCCAAAAAGUCCUCGCCAAAAUUUAACGCUACUUCAUUGGACGUAGUAAAAAUGUUGGUCCAGAUGAACAGGAUAAUGCGCUUACAGCAAAGAAGCAUUGAGUUUCAGAAAUUAUUAUCUGGAACAGAAGAAUUCUUGCUACUCAAGGCUGAUCGAGGUCUGCUGUCUCCGAAAUUGGUUUCCAUGGCAAAGAGAAACUUACAGAUUCUCAAAAUGAGGCUGACAGGUCACCAGAGACAGGUCAUGGAGUCAUCUGUGAAGCUUUUACGAUCCAGUUUCAUGAUGUUAAACUCCACCAAAACAGACGACAAAAUAAAGACUGUCUUCGAUGCCAAUUUCGACCGUGUAAUAGGAAUGCUCCGACUUAGCCAGAGACGUUUAGCAAGGGACAUUUUGCUGGAUCUGUUAAAGAUACUACAAAUUUACCAACAGCUGCAAAGCUACGACCGUUUUCUCCGUGGAAUCAGACGACCUCUUCGCCGGAUGUUGACAGUUGCAACAGUGUGUCAAGAUUUUCCGGCAUUCUGCUCGUUUUUUCGUAAAAACAUUUUCUCGUAAAUAAAUUCAUAUACAUGACACUUUGUAAAAAAAUGUGACCUAUUGAAAAGUAUAAUAUAUUUAAUUGAUAAAUAAAAGCUAG